UAAGCUUUUUACUUUUGUGCUUGCUUAGUCUUGCUUCUUCCUAGGAGGAGCUAGCAUAUCUAGAUAUGGCAACUCCUAUGCUUUCUAAAGAACCUUCAGCAAUAUUAUUUAACACUGAAAAAUUAGAGGAAAUGAAAGAUGAUAAUGAGAAGUGGGUGCUUGAUUCCUCUGUUGAUCAUAAAGGAAAUGUUCCUGUAAGAGCAACAACUGGAGCUUGGAAAGCAGCACUCUUCAUAAUAGCCAUAGAGUUUGGAGAGAGGCUGAGUUUCUUCGGAUUAUCCGCAAACCUGAUGAUUUAUCUGACAAAAUACUUACAUGAAGACCUGAAGACUGCAGCUACGACUGUGAACUACUGGACAGGAGUAACAACCAUGUUGCCACUUGUUGGGGGAUUCAUUGCUGAUGCAUAUCUGGGGAGGUUCUCCACUAUUCUCUUCUCAGCCUUCAUCUAUAUUGGGGGACUAGGCCUAUUGAUUCUGUCCCAACUAGCCCCAAGUUUGAAGCCUUGCACCAUUAGCCCCUGCCAUGGAGGAUCAUUAAGACUGCAUAAAAUAAUCUUCUUUCUAGGAUUAUACUUAAUCUCCAUUGCUUCUGGGGGCCAUAGGCCAUCACUUGAAAGCUUUGGUGCUGACCAAUUUGAUGAUGAUCAUCCCAAGGAGAGGAAGAAGAAGAUGUCUUACUUCAACUGGUGGAACUUUGGCUUGUGCUCUGGCCUGCUGCUUGGAGUCACUGUCAUUGUGUACAUCCAAGACAAUAUCAGCUUUUGGGUCAGUUACGUCGUGCUGACUGUUGUUACGGUCAUAGCUCUAGCUAUCUUCUUGUUUGGAAGACCAUUCUACAGGCACAGAGUUCCAAAAGGUAGCACUCUGACACCAAUGAUAAGAGUAUUAGUUGCUGCAUUGAAAAAGAGGCACCUUCCACAUCCUUCAAACACAGGAGAACUGUAUGAGGUCUCAAAUUCAGUGAACUCUGAGAAGAGACGCUUGUCUCAUACCAACCAAUUCAUGUUCCUGAACAAAGCCUCCAUCAUUGAGCACAGAAGCAAUCAAGCGGGUGGCUUUGAAGCAGAGAAGCACAUGAAUCCUUGGAGAUUAGCCACAGUGACCCAGGUAGAAGAGUUGAAACUGAUCAUGAACAUGAUCCCUAUAUGGCUAGCCACCAUUCCCUUCGGCAUAAGCGUGGCGCAGAUAUCCACCUUCUUUCUCAAGCAAUGCGCCGUCAUGGACAGAAGACUAACUGGCAACUUUGAAGUCCCUCCAGCCUCAGUUUAUGCUCUUGGUGCAAUUGGUAUGAUCAUAUGUGUUUCCUUGUAUGAUAGAAUUCUGGUGCCUUUGUUUAGAAGACUAACUGGUAACGAGCGUGGUAUAAGCAUUCUUCAAAGGAUAGGUGUUGGCAUUGUUUUCUCGGGAAUAGCCAUGGUCACUGCAGCCAUUGUAGAAGCAAAGAGGCUGAGGAUUGCUCAUGAGGAGCAAAGCAAGGUGGUUUCCAUGAGCGUGUUCUGGCUGGCGCCACAGUUUGUGAUACUUGGUUUUGGUGAUGGUUUCUCACUGGUGGGGUUACAGGAGUACUUUUAUGAUCAGGUGCCUGACAGCAUGAGGAGCUUGGGAAUAGGCUUCUAUUUGAGUGUCAUUGGUGCAAGUAACUUCUUGAGCAGCCUUUUGAUUACUGUGGUUGAUCAUUUGACUGAGAAGGCAGGAGCUGGAGGAAGCUGGUUUGCAAAAGACUUGAACAAGAGCCGGCUGGAUAAGUUCUUCUGGUUGCUUGCUGCCAUGGAUGCCGUCAAUGUCGUGGUCUAUGUCUUAGUUGCAAGGAGGUACUCUUACAAGAGCGUGCAGCACAAGGUGGGCGUUGCCAACUCCCCUGAUGGAGAUGAAGAUGACCCAAAAGUUUAAUUAAUAUUAAUUAAUU